ACGAAUGUAAGUUUACUGUCCGACAGGCGGACGCAUCAGACAGUAGACUACUGUUGAUUCGAUCCUUUGGCAGCUUUGGCUUCCUCGACGCACUAGGAUCGGCCGAUCAGCUGUCGACCGUGGGCAAUACCCGACGCUGAUCUCGACCAAGGACUUCUCCCCCCUCUAAUUCCAUUGUAGCACAACGCAUGCGCAUACACGCAGCUGAUCACAUGGGAAGACUGUUUUGAUUGUUUGGUUAUGAAGCGCUCAGCACUGCACUGCAGGCAAAAUAAUUAGUGCAGAAUAAAAAAAUAAACAACAAGUAUGGGUAAAACAUCAAAGGACAAACGCGAUAUUUAUUAUCGGCGGGCUAAGGAGGAAGGGUGGCGAGCGAGAAGUGCAUUUAAGUUACUCCAGAUUGAUGACGAGUUUAAUAUUUUUAAUGGUGUUACAAAAGCUGUGGAUUUAUGCGCUGCACCAGGCAGUUGGAGUCAAGUAUUAUCACGUAGACUAAACCAAAAUUAUCAGAAACUCAAAGAGACAUCAACCGAUGUAGUUGCUCCAAAAAUUAUUGCUGUCGAUCUCCAGGCGAUGGCACCAAUCGAAGGAGUAGUACAAAUACAGGGAGACAUUACUAAUGUAACUACAGCAGAGCAAAUCAUAGCACACUUUGGGAAUGAGCAUGCAGACCUUGUUGUCUGUGAUGGAGCACCUGAUGUAACUGGUCUCCACGAUAUGGACAUCUACAUCCAGUCCCAGCUGCUACUAGCAGCGUUAAAAAUCACAACUCAAAUCCUGAAACCAAAGGGCACCUUUGUCGCGAAGAUCUUCAGAGCCAAAGACGCAUCGCUCCUCUACUCCCAACUAAAAAUAUUCUUCACCUCCGUCACCUGCGCCAAACCACGCAGCUCCAGGAACUCGAGCUUCGAGGCGUUCGUGGUCUGCAAAGACUUUUGCCCUCCAGAGGGAUUCGAGCCAUCUUCGCUCAACCCCCUGUUAUCGAAUUUUGACCACCUACCGGAAAUCAACAAGUACAUUGCUCCGUUUGUGAUAUGCGGGGAUCUCAGCCAGCCCGACUCCGAUACGACCUAUCCGCUCGACUUCGAGGGCAAAAAGUUCCAGUAUUGCGAGCCAACGCAAAGCCCCAUAAGCCCGCCGUACGAGGAGGCGAUGGCUCUGCUCAGCAUCACGAAUCUUGGCAAGGACCCAAACAGUGUCACGCUCAAAGGCAACACAAUGACCAUAGCCGAAUUCAAAGCUUCGAGGAGUAAUACGCAAAAUGACGAAUCUUAAUUUACAUGUAUAUAAUAUGUAGAGAGCUGAUUUAUAUUCACACUUUUAAUAAAUGUUUUUUUGUUAGAAAAGGAAA